ACGCGCUUCAAGUUUGAUGAUGAUAAAAAAAUAACUACAAAAACUGUUCAAAGUAAUUUAAACGUAUUUUCAUCAUCAAGUUAAACCGUUCAGUCGAUAUUCGAGUCUCCUCAAAAUAUUAGUGUAAAAGUGUAUUAACAUUUAAGUUCAGAGUCAUCCUUUAUCUAAAAAAAAUGAAACUCACAACAUUGUUGAUUAUAUCCACCCUUCAGUUGUGGCAUGCUGAAGCGUCGUUAUUUGAUUGGAUUUGGAAUAAUUCACCACGUGAAUCGACUGCGUUAAUUGCCGAUGGAGUACCUCUUAUUGCAAUUCCAUAUGAAUCGGCAACAGAGGAUGAAAAAUUUCUUCAGGAAGCUGCGAAACUUACCGAAAUUCGAGUGUCUUCGGCUUUGGAGUCAUGUCAGCACAAAGUAAUCAUACAGAUACAAUCAUGUGCACAAAUGUCCGAAGAAGAACUUGGCAAAUUAAGUGUCAAUUUACUUAAUUGUCAAUCUGCAGUUGAAGGGAGAAAAAUGUUCCCUUGCACAGCAGAAAUGUCUUUGAAACAAUGUACGACAGAUAUGGAUGCAGAUACAUGGAAUGCGUAUCACUUGAUGAGCAACCGAGCUAGAGCAGUGUGUUAUGCUGCUCGCAACAUGCAAUUUCGAGCAUUAACAGAAUUAACUGUUAAUAAACUUAUGAGUACUACGCAUUCACAAAUUAAAACAUUGUCAUCCCUUAAGGAAAGUCAAGAGCGCAUGGAAGAGAGGACCAUGGAUGCUUUAUCUUCAUUAACAAAAGGAAAUGAGGCUUUACUACAACAACAGGAACAUCUUAAGAAUGCCCAAAUUUCUGCACACCAGCUGGUCACUACAAAUCUGAGACAACUGUACGAUGAAAAGGCACUUAUUCGUUCAGGUCAUGCGCAACUUGCAUCCAUGACAGAGGAUAUAAAACAAAGAUUAGAGAAAGCAAAUCAAGAUAUCAUAAUACAGACUAAUGAGCUGGAUGAAAAUCAUAAAACCGUACUUCAGGAUCUCGUAGAUAUCCAAAGUCGAAUACAGCUUAUAUGGGACAAAAUAGAGUCAAGCACAGAUCGAAUUAUAUCACAGAAUACCGAAGCCAUUGAUAGAUAUGAAAAGACACUGGAAAAACUUGUCCAAAUCAAUGAAACUGUUAAUUUUAUCUGGGAUAUUACUAAUAGAAUGCACAGUGAAAUAGAUCAGAAGCUUGGUUGGAUCACAGAUUACAUUGGUGACACUGGUGAGCAGAUGCACAGAGCUUUUCGCAUCGUUUUACACAUCAUUUAUAUAUUAUUAGCCAUGGUGGUCGCUGCCUUUCUGCAUGCUCCUUUUUUAACGAGAGCCACUAUAAUGGGAAUCGUCCCAUUAAAUCUGGUGACAUAUCUAAAACAUGGAUCGGAUGCCUCACUUGACUUUCUCUCCAUUACAGCAUUGAUCUUUCUAAUAACAAUAAUGCAUUUUGUGACAGUUGGAAUACAGUACAUUUUCGGAAAUAACCGAAAAAAUACGCAAUUAGCUAAUCCUAUACAAAAUGGGCAUUCCACAACUUUCACCAAGGUUCCUAAUCAUAGCUCCAUAACGAGUAUUAGUUUGCUACGUGUUAGAAUUCUUACAAUGGCGCUAAAUAGUUGGAACAUUAUUGUGCAGUAUUUCAACCUUUCUGGAGAAAAGAUUAUGGCUUGUAUUCAAUCAGCCUUUUCGUGGUGUCGGAGGGAUAGGAGGGCAUCUGAAAAAAUGACCUGUUCAUAUGUGCACUCGAGUAAGGCACACCGAAAUACUGGGAACUUCAGCCCUAGUUUUGUGAUAUCAGAAGAUAGUGAUGAUGGCGACGUUUUCAAUGACCCCUACGAUAAAUUUGACGAUAUCGAUCAGCUCGAAGAUGCAGCCGAAUUAAGACGACGAAUUCAACGAAACUCCCGUCAAUCGUCCACAACCAGAAGUAUUGCCACGUCCAACUUAGUAGCCCCUAGAGCGUUGUGCGGAGCUAUCACAAGAGCUGGAAAGCCAUGUCGCCUAUUCGUUGUACAAGGGAUGAAUUAUUGUAACCGACACACUCAGGGCUCAUCCUUUAUUAACGAUUAAGUUUGUGCUUCGAUGUAAACAUUUUUUUAUAUUUAAAAUGAUCAUAAAACAUGUUACGGUUAUAUCUCUAUUUCGCGGUGACACUAAUGAUGCCAUCAAGGAUCAUUUUUUAAAGAAUAUCAGAUAGUGAUAUUUAAUUAUUGAAUAAGACCACGUCACUCUUGUCUAUUCAAUGUUUAAUAUCAAAAUAUUCAAUUUACAAAUCGAUUCUUCCCUUGAAAUAAAAAAUAGCCAUUUGUUGCAAGGGAAACAUAUAGCGGCAUCAUUGGUACCUUAAAAAAAUCAAUUUCUAUUGGUUUUAAUCAGAAAGUGAAAUUGCGUUGCAGGUAAAAAAUGUUUAAUUAUAUCACUUACGUGAAUAGUAUUUUAGAUCGUACAAAUGUGUCUGUUUUAUUGUUUGUUUAUUUUAACUUAUGGUGUUCUCCGAAAUUUCAAUCUUCGUAUCAGAUGUAAUUAAUUUCUCUAUAUUUUUGUACUUAUAAAUAUAUGUAUAUUAUAAAUACGAAUUUGUCACGUCGAAGGCCAAGUUAUAGAUAAGUGCUCUUACAUGGUCAAUGAAAUUUAUUAAAACGACUUGGAAUAUAACUAAUUUGUAACUGGCUAAUAAUCACGAGCGCCGUUGCCGCUCUGGCUGUAAGCGAAUUCGAUAGUUAGGAAUGUUAAAUUAUUAUUAUUAAACUAUAGUAUACGAUACAUAAACCCUUUGUAUUUAUAAUAAGUUACGUUAAUUGUCAAAUUCACGGUAUAACUAUAAAUAUAAGAAACAGGAAUUGAUUAGGGCUCGUGAUAUGCAGUAUUGUAAAUACAUAAUAUAGACGUGAGACGAUAUUAAAUAACAUAGAUCGGAGACGGCGUUAUCAGUCUCACCACAAUGGACAGAUUGUAAAUGAAUUUCUCACUCGUGUCUCCACCGAAUAAUUUAAUUUAUUAUAUAAAAGAGAUGCGUGUUGCCUCGCAAAGGAUUGAAUCACGAAUAAUUUCGAACAAAUUUUGCAUGCAACCUGAAUGAAUAAAGAAAUUAUACGACUUUUGAUACCACGA